AUGACUAACUUCUGUAUCCAAGAAAACCGUUCAAAGCAUGUUAGAUGGAAAGAGCCGCUAGAAGAGGUAAAGGUCUUCGACCAUAACACGGUGGACGAGGAAAGGGUAGCAGCGUGUGAGGGACUGACAGAUCGUCGCCCAUCGAGAUCCGUGCCCCCCGUGUCCCCCUCAGCACCCGCCCAGAACAUCCUUAAGGACUCUAUCUCUCAAGGCAGAGAAAAUUCUGUCCCCAUUCGGGCGAACGGGUACCCUCUCGCAUUCGCUCAUCUGCUAGCCUCUGCCGGGCCGGUCGGCUCUGCUUCCCCUGCCUCCUUUGCUCCUCCCCCUUCUCUCGUUGGUCAGCGCACUACCCCCGUCCGUCUCCCUCCCACUGCCGGCCCUGCUGCUUCUAUUCGUCGUGUACCCCCUGAUUCAAACCCGCACCAGGCUCCUCGGCCAACGCGAGCUGCCCGCCUGUCGCCUGGUUAUGCGACGCCGACGCCUGCGGAUUGUUAUGGACACAGUGCUCGCCCAGUCCCGGAAACCCAAACCCCCUUUGUUCGAGUGCAACAGAGCCGUGCAGGCGUUCAUAUCUACGUGGAGCUUAUGCAAGGCACUCAUAUCACCAUCCAUCCACGCGUCAUCCGUGGAGCGGAUUGUGCGCGACAACCUGCUAGAUCUGGGCAAGGCGACCCUGUGACCGUUGCCUACGCCAUGGGCGCUGCUCCCAGCACGCGGGCUCUAAUGAGCAACGAACGUAUGGCCAUGAAUGGUCGCCAAUCUGUCCCGGUUCUGCAAACCACAGCUAUCGGGCCACAGAUGGUAGCAGUGGCUCGGUCGACCCCUCAGGCGCUCCUCGGGUACGAGUCAUCCCUCUACCGCGUAUAG